AUGUCUACUGUAAGUAGCUCUUUUCAUUUUUUUAUAUCGUCAUUUUAGCUGUGUUUAAAUGUAGUUGAAGUGGUUUUAUUGAUAUUCAUGCACCUGCUCUGUAAUUUAAAGAGACAGGAAGAAAAGGCAUCUAUUCAUGCUUGUAAUCUCAGAGCAAAACACGAAGUUAUCUUGCUCAGCUGCCAGCUCUUUUUUAACAUGUCAGGUUUGUGUUCCUGGAUUUAUUAUGUAAUGUAAGAUCAUUUACACAAACAAAAACUGUACCAAAGCUAAGCUGUCUAUUCUUGCUUUGAUUAAACUUUAUUGAGGGAAUCUGUUCAGUGAGGCUUACUUCAUGACAUGACUGUUAUUACUACAAAUAUUGUUAUUGCUACCACUACUUUUAUUAUGGCUACUAAUGGAGGCCUGUCUAACUUUUUUUGCUCUCAGAGGACUUAAUCAAGAAUGGAGGAAAUACUUUCUCUUCUGUUCUGCUGUGUUACAAGUCUGUCUAUACCAGCAGCUGUAGAUGUGUGUGGAUGGUUUGAUACUAAUAUGCAAAAUUACAACUAUUUGAGUGUCAUGUUGUCGACACAGGCUUUAAUAUUAUUGCAUCAUGGAAUGGACCCCAUGUUAUAAAUUAAGUAUGUUAAAAUAUACUGUGGGCUUCAUUUUUUGAUUGUAGUCCCCACCAACCUCUUGCGAUUGGAUGCUCCUGGUUGAACAGAAAAAUGUAAGGAACACUCUUUUUGGUCAUUUUGCUGUCAAAGAACCAACAACUUUAGCAUUGUUUCAAAGAACAAACUAAAUUAUCACAGCUUUUUUCACCCAGUUGUUGCUCUGUAUGUUCCUUGAUGCUUCACCACUGACACAGAUGAAUGAUUAGCAUGGUUUUGUCCCUGCUAUUUCUCAGUGUCACUGUUUUCUCUGACAGAUAAAUGUUCGCGUUACAACCAUGGACGCUGAGCUGGAGUUUGCCAUCCUGCCCAGCACGACUGGCAAACAGCUCUUUGACCAGGUACUACCAUUGGAUAACUAUCAAACAGGGGCUUUGACAGACAAGUGUGUGAUCCUGUUAUUUAUGUAUGUUUAGAUAGUGAAAACCAUUGGCCUGAGGGAAACCUGGUUUUUCGGGCUCCAGUAUCAGGACAGCAAAGGCUUCUCCACCUGGCUCAAGUUAAAUAAAAGGGUAAGGAGAGCAUUUGUGUGAACUUCAGACACCUGAGUUUACAUGAAGAUGCCAUGGUUUUGUUAAUGUCAUUGUGUCAUCCUGAUGAGGCUAAUUAGUACCUUUUUCCCUCAUGCUGGCAUCCGUUUGCUUUGUGACACUCAUCCCAGGUGACGGCUCAAGAUGUGAAGAGGGACAACCCAUUGUUGAUUAAAUUCAGAGCUAAAUUUUACCCUGAGGACGUCGCUGAUGAGCUCAUUCAGGAAACAACACAGCGCCUCUUCUUUCUGCAGGUUAUGAUGGGUCUACUUUUUUUAAUCUCCUUAUUAAUUUACACGUAUGACAUGAGAGUAGAUCCUGAUUGGCUUGCAGAUUUCCUGUUUAUUUUUUUGCAAUGUAAAGGUUGAAUGUCCAUCAUCUUGUUGUAAUUUACAUCAAUAGAGAUUGGAAAUAAACAAUAAGAGGCAGUUAAACAUCAAGAACUCUUCGAAAGUGGAUAUCACAGUCUCCUGAGAGUGCCCUGAAGUGCAAUAAUAAAUAAGUAGUCUGAAUGAAAACAAGAUGCUGAUCCUGCUUUAAUAAGCAGCAGGGGUUUCACUGUGACUCACAGAUCCUGUUAACCCUGUUUUGGUUUUACAUAAGGGAGUAUUUACACAAAAAAAUGGAUCCAGGUGCACAAAAUGAACACCAGAACACAAAGGCUUUAACUCUGUGGCUCACUUUUCAUCAACAAUGUUUAUAUGGCCUUAAGAUGUCAGAAUCAAAUAAUAGGGAAUUAUGUGUAACAGCCAAUUCUUAGAAGGUCUUUUUUCCACAUUAUAGGUUAAGGAGAGCAUCUUAAAUGACGACAUCUACUGUCCUCCUGAGACCGCAGUGCUCUUGGCUUCAUAUGCAGUUCAGGUCAAACAUGGCGACUACAGGAAAGACUACCAUAUCCCAGGAUACCUUGCAAGAGAGAAGCUUCUGCCACAAAGGCACUCAUCUCUGUGGAUACCAGUGUUAACCAAAGUUCACCUUAAUGCCACUUUGAGUCAGCUGAAUUCUAACCAUUGUGUCCUCUUCUCUGAUAACACCAGGGUUUUGGAGCAGCACAAGCUGAAUAAGAAUCAGUGGGAGGAAAGGAUCCAGGUGUGGCAUCAAGAACACAAGGGAAUGCUGAGGUAGCCCAACCUUAAUACGAAAAGUAAGACUUGAGAUGUUGUGGAGAGGUGUUCUGUAGCUCAUUUCAAUUGGUCUGUACCACAGAGAAGAUGCCAUGGUGGAGUACUUGAAGAUAGCCCAGGAUCUGGAGAUGUACGGGGUCAACUACUUCAACAUUAAAAACAAGAAAGGAUCAGAGCUGUGGCUGGGAGUGGACGCGCUGGGGCUGAACAUCUAUGACAAAAAAGACAAGUAGGUCAUUGUUUGAAAACAUGAGUAUGUCCUUUACUUCAGAGUGAAACAAUGUGUAUGUGUGUCCAUGUGAGCGCCUUUAUCUUAUCUGAGUGGCACGACUGCAGGAAAUCAUGGAUCAGCCAGUCAGAUGAUCAGCUGCUUCGGUUCAGACUGAAAUAUAUCUUCUCCAUUCAAUUUUGUGCAGACAAACAAGAGAACAAAAAAUGUCCUUGGAGAUCUGAACUUUUCAUAAAAUGCAAUGGCAUACUGUAAGCCCUCACAAGUACUGGAAGGUAACUAGAAGUUAAAGUAAGAAAUACUGAUAUCCAUUUUCCCUGAUGGAAGGAUCACAUUAUUUUGUCCUUGACUUUUUCGUAGUUCCAACACCAGGUUGACAUUUGGGGUUCGAAACCAGAUGAUUCUAGUUCAAACGUCUUAUCAUCAUGAUUCCUGGGUUGGACUCUCAUGCUUCUCUGAGGGUUAACGAGAAUAGACAUUGGUGACUCUUUCAGACAUAUUUUGAUACUUGCAAAUCUCUGGCUGGAACUAUUUUCUUCCCAAUGGACCAAACUUCUAAUGAUGUCUUGAAAUAUUCUUUGAAAAAAACAGAAUUUCUGAUGGAUUUUAAGGAAUCUGGUCUCAUUUGAAAAUGAUGUCUCCUGUUUCACCCAAGCAUCCAUUCUCAGUGUAAGUGUUCAGGAGGCUUCCAGAUUCUACUUUAUAGUUAGCCUCGUAUUCUGGAUGAGAACUGGUUGUUGUGUCACUUCUCACCGAAACACAUAAACAUCUAAAGUGUAAAAACAAAAAGCAAAAGAACUUUUGUGCUUAAGGAGAACUUUAACUUUUCGCCCAGUUGUGUAAUCAGGCUAAUAUUUCCAGUACUUUGCACUGUGGUCUAUGGCUAAAUACCUAAAACCUAUUACACAUCCUCGGCCUCAUUUGCUCUUUUUAGUGCUUAUUAGCAAAUAUAGCCCUUCUAACAAUUAAAGUAAGACUUAUGAACAUGGUUAAUGUGUACUAUGUGCAUGCUACCACAGCAUAUCGCCCUUAGCAUUCUGCUCAUUCAGGUCAAAUCACGGUGCUUUGCUCUUGUUUGACCUCCUGUCCCAUUGGUUAUCGGUUUUCUAUCUGUGUAUUAUUAGCCUAAAUGAUGAAUUAUGCCAAUGUUUUUCAGGAUGACUCCAAAGAUUGGAUUCCCCUGGAGUGAGAUCAGAAAUAUUUCCUUCAAUGAUAAGAAGUUCCUCAUUAAACCUAUCGACAGGAAAGCCCCGGUAUGUACAAACUAUUUAUGGCCCUCAAAAUGGAUUUAAUUAAGCAGCCGUAAAUUCAACUUGAAGACCAGAAACAUUAUAAGUGUGAUAAUUUUAUUGAAAAUUUGCUGUGUAUACUUUUACAUUCAUAAGCCAGACAAACUGGAAGCCUUUAGGGUGGAUUAAUGGUAUGUUGUAACGGAGCUUAUCUAAGUUAAAUCAGUUUACGGUUGUUUGUGGAUGGGAUUAAAUAGCUGCUCCCUCUCCAGUGCUUCAAGUCCAGUAUAUGAGUAUUCAUUUUAGCAGUAGGAACUUUUGUGAAAGAAUUCUCACAGCUUCAUUUAAAAUGUUUGCAGGGCCUUUUUAUAUUUAUUCACUGUGGGUUUCAGACAGAUUUGAGACAGGAGGUGUGAGAGAAUCCUGUAGUGUUGUUACUGGUGAAGUUACCAAUUUUGAAAACGCAUAAAUUACAGCAAGUAGUAAUGAGAGCAGCUGCUACUUGAUCUUGUACACAAACAGGAAUUUAGCCUCACACUUCUGUUUGGCUUCUGACAGCAUGCACAGAAUCAAGACGGGCGUCCAAGAGCUUAGAACAAAUUUGUGAAAUUCUCCCAAACAAAAUAGUUUCUCCAGAUCAUCUAAACCCAAGCUUAACUGAAAGACAGCUAGGAGAUGCGAAUGAUUUGUUCUGAAUCAACAAUCACUGAUUGAUUUUUGUAUGUUAAAGGACUUUGUUUUUUACGUGCCUCGUCUUCGCAUCAACAAACGUAUCCUGUCCUUGUGUAUGGGAAACCAUGACCUGUACAUGCGAAGACGUAAACCCGACACCAUCGAGGUGCAGCAGAUGAAGGCCCAAGCCAGAGAGGAGAAGAACAAGAGGCAGAAGGAAAAGUAAGGAAGAUGAAACUAAUGAAGCCUUAUCUUUUUACAGUUUACAGUGUGUUCUCUCUGCUUUAAGAAAGAACUGUCAGGAGAUAAAGUUUUUUUUUCAGAUGUGUAUUUAUGCACAAUUCUCCUGUCAGGGCUCUGCUUGAGAGUGAGAAAAAAAAGCGAGAAAACGCUGAGAGGGAAACAGAGAAGAUUGCUCGUGAGACCAUGGAGCUGAUGGAGAGAUUGAGACAGAUUGAAGAGCAGACAAAGAGAGCUCAAGAUGGUCUGGCAACUUUCUGAAUACAAAUGUUUCUCAACUUCAGUCUUGUUUUUCAGUAAAAGAACAUUAAAAGACUUUGUGUAUUGAUAUAUUUGUGCUUUUGAGGAUCCCUACACAACUUAUGCUUUGUGUGCAUAUCUGGUUGGAUGUGUUGCAUGCUUGCAUGUGUGUGUGUGUGUGUAUUUCAGAGCUGGAGGAGCAAACUCGCAGAGCUCUUGAAUUGGAGAAAGAGAGGAAAAUUGCUCAGGAAGAGGCAGAGCGCCUGGACAAGGAACGCAGGGGUGCAAUGGAAGCUAAAGCAGCUCUGCUUUACCAAUCUGAAUCCCAGAUCAAGAGCCAGGAGAGUCUGGUAAUAAAUGCCGAACACAGAUUCAAUUUCUGUUGAAUGGAUUAAAUUAUAUGGCGAAUUUUAGUCAUCCUUAAGACAGGUAUAAACAACUUUUCAACAAGAGUUUACAGGAGUCUAUUUACAUAUAUUGAUCAAAUCUACCUCCAAGCUAAAAACAAAGCUGGGAGGGAUUUUGGGAAGGUAUUGAUGUGAUUAAUACUGAUUUAAAUAAUACAGAUUUAGCCUGGUAGAAUACUUCAUAUUUUUAACUGAAUGAACGGAAAGACGAUCAUCCUGAUCCAUGACGCAGCAUUUGAACAUACCCUUGUAUACACACACACACACUUCCUCUGACACACAUGUGCACUCACAGACAGAGCACAAUGACCUCAGAUCAGGAGCACUCUUAACUCUCUCCCCAUUGUGUGCGUGUGUGUAUAGGCCACUGAGCUGGCAGAGCUUACCUCUAAGAUCUCCCUGCUGGAAGAUGCCAAGAAGAAAAAGGACGACGAGGCAAAGAGAUGGCAGAAAAGGGUGAGAACUAAUGAAAGAACCAGGAGAGAUAAAGGAUGAAUCGGAAAUGAGGAAAAAGCUGUGUCUGACACGACUAAGUGUUGGAUCCUGGUAAAAUAGAAGCAAGACAUCAAAAACAGAUAAAUUUACUGUAUCUGUAGACUUCAGAAAUGACUGGAUCCAUUUAAAUGCAUUUUGACAUUUAGAAGAUUUAAACUCUUGCCUAAAUUGAGGGGUCUGCUUUUCUCAACUCACAUUUUGUCUUUCACUAGUACAGUAGUAUAAACCUUUAUUUUAGUGUUAUUUUACUCAUAGGAGACUUUUGGCCAACUCAUGAGAAAUAAAAAUGUACUACCAAACAUAUCUUCAACAUUUUUAACGUUAACAGUGAAUUGUGUCAUUUAAAUUGAUUUUAAUAAUUAUUUAUUUAUUGAAUUUCCCUUCAGGGAUCAAUAAAGUUUUUCCUCUUCUUCUUAAAAAAUGAUAUACACAACGAGGUGAGACUCAAAGCACUUUGUGUCAUGGUCAUUAGUGUCUUAUCAGAUAUGUUUACAGAGACGUUUAUGCGCUUUGGCAUGCCCAGUUUGUGCCAUCGGUUUGCAGUCCAUUGUGUAGGAAAAAGAACUUUAAGAUCGAUAAUAUUUUAAAGUGGUAAAAACACAGAAACGUUCACUUUGAUCUCCAAAAACAAUGCUUCACAGCAAGUCACAUGUGUUGGCAGGCGAUCGUGGUAGAGGCUGAUUUGAGGCGGACCAAAGAGGUGCUGAAGACUAAAAUCAUGGGUGUCCACAUCCAGGAUUCUGUCCAUCCUCAUAUGCAUGAGCACGACGAGACAGACGAGACCAGUGCAGAAGCAAGUGCUGAACUGACUUCUCCAGGCUCGGUCAGAGAUCGCAGUGAGGAGAAGAGGAUAACAGAGGCCCAGAAGAACCAGAGACUGCAGAAUAACCUGAAGGUAAGAUUAAGUGUUAAACACUCAAUCUCCAGUUUUGCUGUUCUCUUGCUGGCCUUUAGGUCAGAGGUCAGGUUCAGGGAGAGAUUAAUGUCGCAAGGUUUUGUCUUGAGAUUUAGAGAGUGCCCCUGAAUAAGAUAAAACCUUCAGUUUCCUUACUUAGAGGUUCUAAGUUCAGUAAAUGGUGUUCUCUAGAAACUUGGCACCACCCUAGCUGAACACUGAGACUCAGUGCGUCAGUGCCUUAAUCUGGAGUUACUGUAAUGGCUACUAGACCAGAGCUCAACAAAAGCAGAUUGUAUUAAAUUCACAUUCAUUUUCUUAGGGUGCUUUUACUUCCCUUUUAGCCAUGCUUUAUCAUCAGAGUAAUAUCAGUUUGACAUCACAAUCUCCAUUUUUGUUUAUGGACUGCUGUAAAUGUUGAGUGAGGGACUAUCAUUGGCCCCAGAGGAUUGCUUCUGCUCACUUUGGCGAUCCCUUUGCGUUUCACCUGAUGUCUAUUUUGACUUCAUGUCUAAACAGUUGUAAAACUGAUUGCUUUGGAAAGCAGUUUGAUGGCUUUAUGGUUCAGGGUGGAUAAAUCUUUUCUCAAGUGCCACUCAACACUAUAGGACCUUUGGGGUUCAAAUAAAAUCUCUUGAGAAUAUUAGGACACACUGUAUAUUGAGAUGUUGCCAUGCUCAUUGGAUUCAGCUUUUAUAGAUCGAGCUUCACUGUUCAUCUGAGUUUUCAUUAGCCCCAUUACCAAGUCAAAUUGAAUGUUUUCAGCACUCUGGUAUUUGACUGAAUAUCUGCAAAGCCAAAGGACUAAGAUUUCAGCCCUAACCUUUAAAUUCUGGGAUGCAGACGUAAUCAAUUUAGGAAAUGGGGAAAUUAUCGAUUGCAAAACAGCAGCCUGAUAACAUUUUAAGUAUAAGUGUGUUUGUGAGCUGACAUUACGCAUUUUUGCCCAAAGCACCACUGUGCCUAAGUGCAGCCUCAUGGAGUCUCUUAUUGUUGAAUCAUUGUCUUGUUUCCAGAGAAUCAGUGGCUCUCAGUCACUGACUCUGGAUGUAUUUUGAUGGUAAUUUCUAAAUUAACAGUUUAAUUUAGAAACCAUUAGGUUUAAUAAGAAAUAUGAGAUUUAUGCGCUUACAUGAUGUGUAUCUUUGUUAUGCAUAUUUGUUCAUUUUAGCUGCCUCCGGUUAUUCUUUGUGGUCUGAAAAGCAUAGUUUUGCUAUUGCAGCGCUGUUAAGAUUUUGAAAGAGUUUUGGUGCAUUUGUUGCCAUGGGUUCCUCCAGUCAUGUACAGGUUUGAAUUUAGCUUUAAAGAUGGCAGCUUAAUUGCUCCAAAAAAACUCAAUUUUAACAAGAACUGAGUGCACUCCACUUAAUUAAACAUUUCUGCAGGUACAUUAUAAUUUUGUUGAUUACAUGCUGGUCACAAAUUUAAUGCAUACCAUGUACUAGAUAAAAUAAAUGAUGUCUCUUUCUUGCUACCAAAACAAAAUAUGAUGUUGAGAGAGGCUCAAUUAUGGUGGUCUUAAUUAUGGUGGACAAUAGAGUGUCUUCAGAUUGGGACUGAGGGGAGUACAGGGGUGAGAGGAGAGGGGCAAGGCCUCUGAAUAGUCUCCCAAAGAGUCUAGGGAAAGAGUUUUUUAUUCACUGUGUGUUUGUGUCCCCUUUCAGUUCCUGAGCAGUGAGCUGGCUGGAGCUAUAGACGAGACCAAAAGGACCCUCAAUGACCUGAUCCACGCUGAGAAUGUGAAGGCUGGCCGUGACAAGUACAAGACCCUGCGCAUGAUUCGUCAAGGCAACACCAAACAACGCAUUGAUGAAUUCGAGUCCAUGUGA